CCGCCGUCCCCCCCGCGCGCGCGCUUUCCGCGCGCCCGGCGGCCCCAGGCGCGGGGCAGAUGAAGUACAUCCUGGUCACGGGCGGCGUGAUCUCCGGCAUCGGCAAGGGCAUCAUCGCCAGCAGCAUCGGCACCAUCCUCAAGUCCUGCGGGCUGCAUGUCACCUCCAUCAAGAUCGACCCCUACAUCAACAUCGACGCCGGCACCUUCUCCCCGUACGAGCACGGGGAGGUGUUUGUGCUGGACGAUGGAGGGGAAGUGGACCUGGACCUCGGGAACUACGAGCGCUUCCUCGAUAUCCGACUCACCAAAGACAACAACCUGACCACGGGGAAGAUCUACCAGUAUGUCAUUAACAAGGAGAGGAAGGGAGAUUAUCUCGGCAAAACGGUCCAAGUUGUUCCCCACAUCACAGAUGCCAUACAGGAAUGGGUAAUGAGGCAGGCACGGAUUCCUGUGGAUGAAGAUGGCAUUGAGCCCCAAGUUUGUGUGAUUGAGCUCGGGGGCACUGUGGGUGACAUCGAGAGCAUGCCUUUCAUCGAGGCCUUCCGCCAGUUCCAGUUCAAAGCCAAAAGAGAGAAUUUCUGUAACAUUCAUGUCAGCCUGGUUCCCCAGCCAAGCUCCACGGGGGAGCAGAAGACCAAACCCACCCAGAACAGUGUUCGUGAGCUCAGGGGCCUCGGGCUCUCUCCAGAUCUGAUUGUUUGCAGGUGCUCCACUCCACUGGAUACCUCAGUAAAAGAAAAGAUUUCCAUGUUCUGUCAUGUUGAACCAGAACAGGUCAUUUGUGUUCAUGAUGUCUCCUCCAUCUACCGGGUUCCUCUGCUCUUGGAGGAGCAGGGGGUUGUGGACUACUUCAGGCACAGGCUGGACCUUCCCAUCGAGAGGCAGCCCAGGAGGAUGCUCAUGAAGUGGAAGGAGAUGGCUGACAGGUAUGACCGUCUGCUUGAAACAUGUUCCAUUGCACUGGUGGGCAAAUACACCAAAUUCUCUGACUCCUAUGCAUCUGUCAUCAAAGCCCUGGAGCACUCUGCCCUGGCCAUCAACCACAAACUUGACAUUAAGUACAUUGACUCUGCUGACUUGGAGCCAGACACUCUGCAGGAGGAGCCUGUCAGGUACCACGAGGCGUGGCAGAAGCUCUGUGGUGCUGAUGGAGUUCUGGUUCCUGGUGGAUUUGGUGUUCGAGGGACAGAAGGCAAAAUUCAAGCUAUUUCCUGGGCAAGAAAACAGAAAAAACCCUUUUUAGGAGUCUGUCUGGGAAUGCAGCUGGCAGUGGUGGAGUUUGCUCGCAGUGUCCUUGGUUGGCAAGAUGCGAACUCAACAGAGUUUGACCCCAAAACUUCUCAUCCAGUGGUCAUAGACAUGCCAGAACAUAAUCCUGGGCAAAUGGGUGGGACAAUGAGGCUUGGCAAGAGGAGGACACUCUUCCAAACCAAGAAUUCAAUCAUGAGGAAGCUCUAUGGAGAUCAUGAUUUCUUGGAAGAGAGGCACAGACACAGAUUUGAGGUCAAUCCAGAACUGAAGAAGUGUUUUGAAGAGCAAGGUCUGAAGUUUGUGGGGCAGGAUGAGGAGGGAGAGCGGAUGGAAGUGGUUGAGCUGGAAGACCAUCCUUUCUUCGUUGGUGUUCAGUAUCACCCCGAGUUCCUCUCCAGGCCCAUCAAGCCAUCACCCCCAUACUUUGGGCUCCUCCUGGCAUCUGCAGGGAGACUCACCCACUACCUGCAGAAGGGCUGCAGGCUCUCCCCCAGGGACACCUACAGCGACCGGAGUGGCAGCAGCUCUCCUGACCUAGAGAUAACAGAGCUGAAGUUCCCUUCAGCAAACCACGACUGAUGCCUGGUGUGUCCUUGCUGCAGAGAGGAGUCUCCAUUAGGUUUUCCAGGUGUUCUUACAGCAGUAGCUUCAACACCCUCAGCUUUGGGCUUUCCUAAUUUAUGGGUUUAUAAUUUUUAUUCUGAGAUCCUGUCCCUUAUUUCCUCAGCUCUUCUGUCCUUCCUUUAUUUUCUCUAUAGAUCUAGGUUAUGUGUGGAGGAGAGUUCACAGAGGCCCCUCCAGACUCCUUUCAGUUCCUUCAGGUGCACCAGCCUGGAGGUCAGAGCAAGCUGGGGUUGGGAUUUGCUGUGUUGAGGGGAACCCCAUGGCACACAUCCUUCCCAGUGCAGGCAGUGCUUGGCAUCAGGGUGCCUUGGCCACUGACACUGCAGUUGCUUUCUCCAGGCUUUUGCUCCCUCCUCAGUCUUUACUUACUGGUGAAAUUAUGGAUGGCACAAGAUUUUGGGGGCUGGCUUAGUGUCUGAGCUGCAGAGAGGGCUUUGGGCAGCUUCAUGCAGUCUUUUUUUUUUUUUUUUUUCAGGGAAAGGGGGGAGGGGAUGAUUUUUGGUCUUUUUUUUUUCAGUAGCAUUUGCAAACCUUUGGCACUGGUGCUCUUGGUGCAUUCAUUCAUUGUCACUAUGAAUUUGUAACCAGGAAGAUCUUCCUGGAACAGUGUUACUCUGGAACAUGCUCAGCUCUGGCUGACGUGUCACUGCAGGGAUGUGAUUAACUGGGAUCAGGCUGGGGGCAGGAGAACAAAGCUGCCAGGGAAGCCCUGAGCCAGGGGUCCCUGUGAGCCCUCCCUGUGCUCCUGGAGCUGCUCCUGGGGCUGGGAAACUCCGACCCCUUGCAUCAAGGGGGAGGUGAGAACAGAGUGAACCACUGAACCACUGCCACUGCUGCCUUGAACUGUGUCCCUGCCUGGGACACAGCAGCUCCUGGUGCUUUUUAUGGAUUUGAAGCAGAGCCUUUUGUUGCCUUUUUGUCACAUUGGAGUCGUGUCCUGGGCUCUGCAAUGGGAGCCCUUCCUCCUCCAGGGCUGUUCCUGAGGGAGGAGCUCACCUGCCCUCGGGCUUACCUGCUGGGGCUGGUGCUGUUGCUGUCCAGCUCUGUGGUGCUGUGGGGCUGAACUGCCUCGGUUCCCUGCCCUGGGUGGCCCUUGAUUGAGGGGAAAGGAAGGAAAGAAAGUGUCUCCCUUGUCUGAUGUUGCACACUCAGCCUUCAGCAGCUCCGUGGAGUUUGGGAGAGCUGCAUGGUCAGACCUGGCUGAGCCACGAAACCAAGCCCUGUCCUGUCCCUCCCCAGUGAUCUCCCCAGCCCCCUUGCUUUAAUCCUCAGUUGUUUGAAAUAUUCCCUGUAAAGCUGCUGUGAGCCUGGAGAGCUUCGAGCAUUGCUCGUGUGCCAGCUCCAGCUGUUGUGCAGGAAUUCUCCGGUUGCAGUGCUCUGCUGCUGCCCAGCCUGCCCUGGCCUGGCUGUCCUGGGGCAGGGUGAGAUCCUCCCUCAGCUGCAGCACAACUGUGGAUUUUUCCCCUGAAAUGUUUGUUUUAGCCAAAACCAUGCAACUGACUCGGUCAUUAAAUGCUCAUUUGUAACAAACUGA